UUUCAUUGAUAAAUCCGAUCUUAUCAGCAACGUUGGUUGUGCUCAAAUGUGCUACUGUGGAUCAGCUAUAAAACAUAUGUGCGUCUCGGUUGAGUGGAUGACUGAAGUCAAACGCGGACGGAAAUGAGUGCGAAGAUAGUUAUCAUUGGCGCGGGAGCUGCCGGAAUAGCCGCUGCUACGCGACUUUACGAAAAAGGUUUCAGAAACGUCCAAAUUCUUGAAGCCACUGAUCGCAUCGGAGGACGUGUGGCAACUGUCACUUUUGGGGAGAAUGUGGUCGAUCUUGGUGCCCAGUGGUGUCACGGGGAGAAGAACAAUGUCGUACACGAGCUAGCUGCCCCGCUGGGGUUGUUGGAGUCUUCGGUGGUUGGCCGGGAAAACAUGUUCAUUCGAGACAACGGCGAUGUUGUGCCGAAGAAAAUCUCCGAUCGAUUAAUGGUGAUUGCAGAAGCACUUGUGGAGUCGGAUGAGUUCGCAUCCUAUGAUGGAACGGUGGGAGACUUUGUAACAGAGCGGUUCAUAAAAGUGAUGCAAGAAGAAAAAAACUUGGAUAUUGAUCGCGAGCUUGUACAGCAGUUUUUACUGUGUUACCACAAUUAUCAACGUGGGUACAACGCAUUCGACUCGUGGUAUAACGUUACGGCUUCUGGAUUGGCGGCGUACAACGAGUGCGAAGGGGAUCAAUCGCUCACCUGGAAGGGUAAAGGCUCUAAGAGCAUAUUGGAUUUAUUGAUGAAAAACCAUCCAGCUCAAAAUGCUGAACCAAUUCCACUAGAUGACAAAAUUGUUUUCAAUGAAUUUGUGACCAACAUCAAUUGGAAUAAAGGGCCUGAUAAUCCAUUAACGGUUAGCUGCGUCGAUGGGACCAAAUACGAUGCGAACCACGUUAUCCUCACAAUAUCUCUGGGUGUUCUCAAAGAAAACAUAACCACUCUUUUCACUCCACAAUUACCUAUUAUGAAACAAAAUGCCAUACAAGGCAUUUACUUUGGCGCGGUUAAUAAAAUCAUUAUGGAGUUCGAAACGCCCUUUUGGAUCGAUAUGGGAAACACGUUUUCGUUGCUUUGGGAUGCGGAAGAAUUGGAAAAGUUACGUGGAACGAAAUAUGCGUGGACUGAAGGAAUAUCGACAUUCUAUAAAGAAGAUCGCCAGCCAAAGCUGUUGGGCGCCUGGAUGAUCGGUAAAGAAGGACGCCAAUCGGAGCUGCUCGAUGAUAAAGAAGUGAUAGCGGGUAUAAUGUUCAUACUGAGGAAGUUUUUCAAAUCGAAGGACAUUGAGGAACCAAUUUCAAUUCUACGGUCGAAAUGGUCCACGGAUCGCAACUUUCGAGGAACGUAUUCAUCUCCCUCGCUUGCUUCGGACCAGCUUGGGACUGGUCCCGACGAUUUGGCACACCCGCUCACCGAUUGCCUAGGAACUCCAGCAUUACUUUUCGCGGGCGAAGCAACGAACAAGGGUCGUUACGGAACUGUCAACGGAGCUAUUGAAACCGGCUGGCGUGAGGCAGAUCGAAUUGCAGAGUUUUAUGGGAAGCAGAAAGCGGCAGUAGAAUAGAAAUAAAAUGUGCAUAUAGUGUGCUGAAUUGACUAUGAGUGGUACUGAAUUCAAGUGUUAUUUUUUAGACUCUGGUUUGAAUGAAUCCAAUAAAAUAAAGUUUUCUUAAGGUGGAGGUGAAAGGAAGCCAUUGUAGUAGUAUAGGUAAACCACGUGUAAAAGUGGGGUAAUAGUGUUUGUGAGAGAAGAGCAAAGCAGUCAUGAGUAGCGGAACAAAAUAAAUGUACGUAUCCCGUCACAAGCACUGGAGAGAGACAAACGGCUGUAUGUGUUUUUGUUUUCCUCUUUGUAUGCGAUGUUCGUGCUAAGUGUGUUAUCGUUUGUUUACGAUGAAGGUGCGUGUCAUUUGGAUGCUUAGACAACAUCCGGAAUCGGGGUUACGAAAUCGUCGAUGAAACGUCGAGAUCUACUGCCAACUCGAAUUUUUUUUUCAAAAAUCGACACUCUGGGACUUACGAGGAAUACGGAAUGCGAGGCUAAACAUAUGGUUUAGGGCGCCAAUGAAAAUCGUCAUAUCGAUUUUUCAUACGGGACUCCCUGCUAAAUGUUGAUUUGCACGAUAAAAUCCCUCUGCAAAAUAUUGGCUCAUACGGACUGUAGUAUACUAAUUAACCCUAAUUCCAAUUUAACACAAUACAUCCUGACCCUCAUUCUUUCCUCAUCCUCAAUUCCGCAUUCUUACUUAUUUCCCAUAACCACUUUCCGCAUACCAUAUCUAAUAACAUAUAGAUAAUCUCCACCUAACACUUUUCCGCUUUGUUAGUCAGCAACUCUUGGGAUUUCCUUACGGAAAUCCCCCAAACUGACUAAUUACGUAACCCCGACUGAACGCUAAUUAUGAUGCGCCAGUCGUUUCAAACUUCCCUGUAUACGACCUCGAACAACUAACAACAAUA